AUGGCCACCAAGAACGCCGGUGUAGCAAGAAUGAAGAAUCUAGAAUCAUCCAAAUAUGCUGAGAAUUUCAACCCAAACGUUAGCGAUGAACAAAGCCCAGGUAAACAACCCUUGUUAUUCUCAAACACUUGUUCUUCCAACAACAAGUCACAGAAGAAAUCCAAGAAGGCCAACCCAGUUGGUUAUUCUUCCCCUCAGAACAGGAUCAGGCAGAGGAAGUUCGUGGUGGCAAAGAAGAACAAGGAAGGGGAAGGUGUUGUUGCUGCCUCCUCCUCAACGGUGUCGUCUUGCAAGUGCAAAGAGAACAAAAGUGGUGGUGGCAACGAUGGAAACAAGAGCAAGUGUCUCUGUGUGGCUUACCAGAAUCUGAGGAAGUCCCAAGAAGAGUUCUUCAAGAACCGCCCUGAUGAUGAUGAUGAAGGAGCUGCUGAGACUGAGAGUGUUCUUCAAGAAGAACAAGAAGAAUUGGGAAACAGUGAUGUAUGUGAGUCAGAACCUGCGAAUCAAGAAGGUAAUUUGAUAAUGAAACGUACAAGGGAGAGAAUGAUGGAAGAUGGAAAAGAGAUUGUUCCUCAAAGUGGGUCUGGGAAAGUAAUGAAUUUGGUGAAGGCCUUUGAGAAGCUUCUCUCUAUACCAACUUCCAAGGAUGAGGAUCACAAGGAGGAACCUCAAGAGAAUAACAAGGUGAUGAAGUGGCCAAUGCCAGGGUUUCAGAUUCCUAAAGAAUCUGAAACUGAGGUUGCUGUUUCUUCAUUUUGCCCACCAAACAUGACUUUGACACCCGAAAACCUUGGCUUGGAUCCACGCGUCUCGGUUUCUUCUUCUUGGGAUAGCAGCCGUGCAAGCUGCAGUGUGUCUAGCGAUCGAAGAAGCAGGAGAAAUAGCCUGGAAUCUUCAACCACUUUUGGGGGAAGGAAGUGGAGAAAGAAGCACAAGAAAGUCACCAGCCAAAAACCAUUCAAGCUAAGGACUGAGCAAAGGGGAAAGUUGAAAGAGGAAGAAUUUGUGAAGAAGAUACAAGAGAUGGUAACUGAAGAAGAGAAGCAGCGGAUACCUGUUGCACAGGGUCUUCCUUGGACAACAGAUGAACCAGAGUGCUUGGUAAAACCUCCAGUGAAAGAAAUCACAAUGCCUAUUGACCUGAAGCUUCACAGUGAUGUGCGGGCAAUGGAUCGCGCUGAGUUUGACCAUCAGGUGGCAGAAAAAUUGUGCUUAAUAGAGCAAUACAAAUUGGAAAAGGAGAGACAACAGAAGUUGGCAGAAGAGGAAGAACUCAGAAGGUUGAGGAAGGAACUAGUUCCAAAAGCACAGCCCAUGCCAUAUUUUGAUAGACCUUUUAUCCCAAGGAGGUCGAUGAAGAAUCCAACGAUACCUAGAGAACCCAAAUUUAAUAAGAAGAUUAAGUGCAGCUUUUCAUCAUGGAAUGACAUAAGCCCCUAUUCCUCCUACCUUAACUGA